CCUCCCAUUUAACAGCACCCCGUUUAGAACGAUGAACCCAACAGUGCAUCGAUAGUGGCGACGCACUGGUGUGUGAUUCAGAAACAGGGAGGGUGGUGUUUCCCCACCCGGCCGACGUGAGGAGGAGCUGUUUCUGCACCACCACGGAAACCACGCAGCGGCUCCGUGUCCCCGAAGCUGCUCUCACGUCCACCAGCAGUUGUGUAAGAAGAGGAAAGGCACCGCCAUCGCGUCUCUCGUCUCUCGGUAUCGGGCCGCGCGGACGCUUCGUGAGUUCGGUUCCCGCAGCAGGACGCGGUGCGGGGGGGAGAAACGUCACGUCACGUCACGAAAUAAGCACUCACUAUGUCUGAUGGGGACUAUGAUUACCUCAUCAAAUUCCUAGCCCUUGGAGACUCUGGCGUGGGAAAGACAAGUUUCCUUUACCAAUACACAGACAGCAACUUUAACUCCAAGUUCAUCACUACAGUUGGAAUAGACUUCAGAGAAAAAAGAGUGGUUUACAAAUCAACAAAUCCAGAUGGAUCUUCAGGGAGAGCACAGAAGAUCCACAUGCAGCUGUGGGACACUGCGGGACAGGAGAGGUUUCGGAGUUUGACGACAGCGUUCUUCAGAGAUGCGAUGGGGUUCCUCCUUCUGUUUGACCUCACAAACGAGCAAAGUUUCCUCAACGUCAGAAACUGGAUGAGUCAGUUACAGAUUCACGCGUACUGCGAAAGUCCAGACGUCAUUUUAUGUGGCAACAAAUGUGACCUGUCCGAUGAGAGAGCGGUCCGCGAAGAAGAAGCCCGUGAGCUGGCAGAGAAAUACGGAGUCCCGUACUUUGAGACAAGUGCUGCAAACGGGCAGAACGUAAACCAGGCUGUGGACGUCCUGCUGGAUCUCAUCAUGAAGAGGAUGGAACGAUGUGUCGACAAGUCCUGGAUCCCUGAUGGGACCGUUCGAGUUAAUGGACCCACCAGCACAGACCUCUCAGAGGGCUCUGACCGGAGCAAAUGUGCAUGUUAGAAUGAACAAUGGUCACAGUACAUAUCUGUGUCCAUAAUACUGGAGAGAAAUGUAGGAACACGUCGCGGUUUAACAUUGGGAAUAUAUACAGUGUAAUUGUAUUAUAUGUUAGGUGAAACACAUAAAAUGUGUCCAUUGGCCCACAGAGUGCUGCACUGAUAAGCAUCCAUUGACAUGGUGUAUUAUUUAUCAGUACAGAUAAAGUGCCUUUUGAAUGUGGGCAUUACAUUUGCAUUCAUUUAGUGGGUCUUUCGCAGAUUAAUGUUAGAGUAUGGGGUAUUUUUUUGUAUUGAUGCUUACCUGAAACUUACAGUUUUAAUAGCUGCAGUCAUAGUUUAGUACUAUGACUACUGAUGCUCCGCUGAAUGUCCUGCUUAAUAUUGCAAACUCACUGGUGCCAUAGUCGGAAAACAUGUCGCAUAUUGACCAUUUAAUUAAGUUAUAUAGACAAUCAUCACUCAAUAUUGCUCAGGUGAGAUCCUAAAUGCCGGAGCACCAUGGAGUCUGCUGAAGUCAGAAAAAAUUAAUUCACUUUUAUUAAAUAAAACAUCCAACUUCAGGGAAAAUGAGCUGAGUGGCCAUUUCACACAGGCAAUGAUUUUAUAGUUUGGCUGUUGUUCAGACUGUCAAAUUCACACCUGUAUUUUAAGUGCUAGAUGCAGUGAAGGAACUGUGUAAAAAGACCGUUCCGUAGCUAAAUGUAGAUCUAACCUUCGUUAGAUUAAUGGACCGGUAGUGUUUUGUUUCAUUUCAUUUGUUAAUUAAAAAUUACAAUAAAAACAGGGCAAAUUUUUGAAGGGCCAGUUAGAUCAGAAAGGCAGAAAGAUCUGACCUGCAUUACAGUUCAUUUUGAGUGUAAAUUUAAAAUCUUAAAGCUCACUUUAAUAUAAUAAUACCACUAAUAUUUUAAAAUACUUUUACUCACAUGCACAUUAUUCUUAUUAUUCUGCCGUUCUUUCCUAUGUAGAUGGGGUUACGACACACCAGUAUAUUCCCCCCGCUCACAUGUUUUCAAUCCAUAGAUUAGAAAAAACUACCACUAACAUUUAAUUUGAUUAUAUUACACUGAGAUAUUUCAUAUUUUCAAUUGUGCCAUAUGCAAAAUAUGUAAAUGAUGUCCAAAAAUAAACAAUUUAUUUAUAUA